AUGGUUACCGGCAAGCGCUUGGCUGACAUGGGCUACCGAGCCUUUUCUGCCUCCAUGAUGCUGCUGACCGUUUACGGGGGCUACCUGUGCGCCAUGCGGGGAUACCGCUACAUGCAGAGGCAAAAGGAACUCAAAAUGGCUGCCGAGAACCAGGAUCCGGAGUUGAUCAAAGACUGA